AUGGAACCCGCCAGCGGGGACCCUGCCGUGCCCUCCGCCGACUCCCGCGAUGCAAGUGACGCCGCCGCUGCCCCUUCCGCCGGCCCAUUGGCGGACAGCGUGCCUGCCGCUCCGCAAGCGGGAAAUGCGGAGUUAGUGGAAGAAUCGGGCGUGGGGACGGCGGUCGCGGUGGCACAAGAGGAUGCAGCAGUAGGUUCCGCAGCAGCUAAUCCGGCAGCAGCUGGCGCGCACGAGGUUCCGCAGUCCGCGGGGAGCGCGGAAGCGGUAGUGGCGCAAGUGGUGGUACCGGUGAAUGGGGGAAACGGCGUCGAUGCCGGCGGGCAAGUCGCAGGGGAUCCGUCGCGAGAAGCGGAGGAUCGCAGCAGGGGGGAAGGGCGCAUGGAUGAGGAGGGGGAGGACGCUGGCGGGAAGCGGAAGAGUGAGGUGAUUCCCGCGGACGAGAGUGGCGGGAAAGCGGAAGCGCAGUCUUUGCUGGCGGGAACGGGCGGGGAAGCUGAGGCGGAAGGGGCAGAAGGCGUGGGAGUUGGCACGGGCGAAGACACAGGGGACCUGACGAGGGAAGGCGCGGAGAAUGUCGAGGCGAAGGAGGUUGUUGGGGAGGGGGAGAAACCGGAGGGAGUUACGGAGGUGAUAUCGGUGGAGAGCAGCGAGGGGAAGAAAGGCGUGGUGAUUUCGCUUGAGAGCAGUGAGGAGGAGGCGGGGCAGGGAGGGUGCGAGGAGGGAGAAACGGGAGCGCGGGUGGAGGGCGACAGCGGGCGUGGUGGCAGUGCUGUGCGCGAUGGCGGGGCAGGGGGCACGGACAUGGCGGAAGGAAAAGGGGCAGAGGAAGGUCAGGGUGAAGAGAAGGAGGAAGGGAAGGAUGGGAAGGAGGGGGAGGAAGCGAAGAAUGAGAAAGGAGGAGAGGCGAGCAAUGAUGUGCCGGAGACUGCAGGUGGUGCAGGAGGGGACGAUGCUGCAGGGGAAGCAGGCGUGCGGGCGAUAAGGGAAGGAGAGACAGAGUUGGAUGAAGAAAAAGGGGUGGGGGACGCUGUUGAAGCGGCUGGAGCGGAUGAGGGGGGCCCAGGGGGGGCCGAGGGCGGAGAGAGGGUCGAAGGGGAGAGUAAGGAGGCAAACGAGGGGCGGGCAGGCGACAGCUGUGUUGGCAUGACGCCCGCGGAGGGGGGAGCGCAGGGGGAGGUGGGCGAGGAGGCGGCAGCGGUGGGGGUUCGGGUGGAGGGGGAAGCAGUGCAGGGGGGUGAAGGAGCGGAGGGGAAGGGGCCUGAUGGGGCUGUGGGAGGGGCGGGGGCGGGAGCAGAGGCGGGGGCGGGGGCGGGGGCGGAGGGGAGGGCGGAGGCAGAGGGCGGGGAAAUGGUGAGUGCAGGGGAUAGGGUGGGUGGGGUGAGUGAGGAGGGAGUGGGUGCAGGGGGGCAUGCGGCGAGAGCGGGGCUGCAAGCGGCUGGUGGGGGGCCAGAGGGGGAGGGAGGCGAUGGGAAGGAUGGCGGUGCGGACAAAGAGUGUGGUGAGGGGGCGGUGCAGGGGGGUGAGGGUGGUGGGACGGAUGGGGAGGGAGAGGGGAAAACGGAGGGGGGUGCAGUGGAGGGGAAGGGCGAGGUGGGCUUGGCAGAGGGUGGUGGGGCGGAGGAGGGCGGUGAUAAGGGUGGUAAUGAGGGGAGUGGUGCAGGCGUGGCAGGGGGGAGCGAGGAGGAGAAGCAGACGGGAGGUGCAGAGAGGGAGGUCAGUUUGGACGCGGGGACGAUGGAGGGCGAGGGGAAGGGGCAGGGAAGCGCGUGUGACGAGAGGAAAGAGGUGGCGGGGCCUGAGAAGGAAAGGGGCGAGGAGAAGGAAGGGGUUGACAAGGAGAUGGGGAAGGCGGACGACGGAGCCGCAGAUGCUGUGGGGAAGGAGGGUGGUGACGGGGGUGAGGCGAGUGGAGUAGCAGGCGUGGAGCAGGGAGCGAGUGAGGGUGCAGGGGCAGAGCAGGGAGAGAAGGUUGAGGGAGGCGAGGCAAAGAGCAUGGCGAGCGGGCAGGCAGGCGAGGAGGGCGCAGGGGCAUGUGAGGCAGGCACCGAGGGUGCAAGGCAGGGCGAGACGGGUGAGGAGGGCGGGGGCGAGGAGGAGCGUGGCGUGGUAGCAGAUGGUGCCACAGGCGAGGGUGGUGGCAGUGGUGGCGAGACGAACAAGGGAGGUGAGGAGAGUAAGGGGGGUGAGGAGAGAAAAGGGGGUGAGGAGGGAAAAGAGGGUGAGGAGGGAAAAGGAGGUGAGGAGGGAAAAGGAGGUGAGGAGGGAAAAGGAGGUGAGGAGGGAAAAGAGGGUGAGGAGGGAAAAGGAGGUGAAGAGGGAAAACGGGGUGAGGAAGGCAAGGGGGUUGAGGAGGGAAAGGGGAGUGAGGAGGGCAAGGGGGAAGGCGAGGGCAAGGGGGAAGGAGAGGGCAAGGGGGAAGGGGAGGGCAAGGGGGAAGGGGAGGGCAAGGGGGAAGGGGAGGGCAAGGGGAAAGAGGAGGGUAGAGGGCAAGAAGAGGGCAAGAGGGAAGAGGAGGGCAAGGGGGAGGAAGAGCAGGCGAAGGUGGCGGCGGGAGGGGAGGCGGUGGGAGUGCAGGGGCAGAGCACGGAUGCUGGGGCGCGUGAGGCGCACGUUGGGGAGGGCAGUGGUGUGCGUGAGGCCGCAGGGGAUAGCGCGCACGGGGGAGGGGGUGAGGAGGGCACGCGUGUGAAGGAGGGUGGUGAUGCGGAUGGCGUGGGUGAGGAGAGGAGUCAGGAGCAGGGAGCGGGGAAGGUCUCUGGUGUGGUGCUGCUUGGGCAAACAGACACACAGUUGCAGGUGGAGGAGGGGAAGACAGCAGUAGAGGCGGCAGUGGAGAUGCAUGGUGGGGGUGCGGUGGAGCAGGCAGGUGCGGUGCAUGAGGUGAGUGCCCCACUGGCCGUGGCAUCUCCAGACGAGGCAGCAACUCAGGGAGAUGGGCAAGUAAGGCAGCAGAGCGCAAUGCAUGAGGCUGGAGCGAAGCAGGUGCAGGAGGGUGGGGUGCAGGUGCAGGCGGAGAAAGGAGGGGCGGAGCAGGUGGCAGCAGCUGAGAAGCAAGCAGAUGGGCAACAACAGCAGCAGACACAGGCUGCACAGCCACAAGAAGAGAAGGAACAGCAAGCGUUGCAGCAGCAGUCACAAGGGCAACCAUUGCAGCCACAGGAAAAGCAGCAAGAGGAUAAGAAGCAGGAACCUUUGGAGCAACAAGAAAAGCAGCAAGAGGAGAAAGAACAGCCAUCGUUGCAGAAACAGGAAGAACAGCAGCAAGAGGAGGAGCCGAAAGAGCGAAAAGAAGAGGAGGAUGCAGGGGUGUGUGGUGUUGCACAGAUGGAUGGGGUGGAAGGGGCAGACGCACCUGAGGGGCGUGCAGGGACGGAUGGGCACGACACCCAAGUGAGUGCAGAGAAGGACGAGCAGACAGCGAUGGUGGAGACAGGGAACGACGAUCGGGGAAAAGAAAAGGAGGAGGAGAAGGAGAAGAAGGCUGAGGUGAAGGAGGAGAAGGAGAAAGAGGAGGUGAAGGAGGAGGAGAAGGAGAAAGAGGAGGUGAAGGAGGAGGAGAAGGAGAAAGAGGAGGUGAAGGAGAAGGAGAAGGACGAGAAAGGGGAGAAAGAUGAGAAGGAGGAGGAGGAGAAGGAGGACAAGGAGGAAAAGGAGGAGAAGGAGGACAAGGAGGAAAAGGAGAAGGAGGAGGCGAAAGAGGAGCAGCAGGAGGGGGAGAAGGAGGAGGAAGAGCAGGCGGGGUCGGAGGCGGAUGCAGUGGUGGUGGAGAUAGCUCUCAGUGUGCCCGCGCUGCUGGCUGCCCAUGCACGCACUCGCCGGGCCUCAGCACACACGGGAGGUGGUGCUGUGCUGCAAUGGGGGGACAACGUGCAACGCUCCACCUUCACAUGGUACAGCCACGCCCACACCUCCAUGCACACUGCUCCCUCCCACCCUCCUUCCCGUUCCCCAAUGCUGCUCGCUCACAACUUGCCACCAUGCAUCCGUGCCUUGCACUUCACCCAUCUCCCACUUCUCUCGCUCCCCAUGGCAUGGUGUCCCAAGUCCAACCUCAUUGCCUUCCCAACAGCGCCUGCACAGCCCAACAUCAAAGCCCCACCAGGAGCGCCACCUGUGUUUGUGCCGGUGGCCUUGCUGGACCCAGACCGCCCGCUGCACCACUGCAUGCUCAAGCUCCCCGCAGACAUGCCGGGGCGUGAGGUGACAGCAGUGGCGUGGUCGCCCCCCUCGUGCGACCGUGCACUCGCUGUGCUCUCUGCACCCUCGCAUGUGUCCGUGUGGGCGCAGCCUUGCACGGGAGCGGCGAACGUGGCACGGUGUGUGAACCGGUGGGAGGCGCAGGCGCACUGGCACCUGGACGCGCCCGUCGCUGCCAUGCAAUGGCUCUCCGCCCCGCCUCUCUACACGUGGCCGCCGCUGCAGGCGCCAGCAUCAGUGCAGCCGGGGUCCGCACUGGCCGCGCUGCUCUCUGCCGUGCAUGGCGCUCGUGCUGCAGCCCAACACGCUGCUGCUGCUCUGGCGCUCCACCUCGCACCUCCCGCCUUCCUCCUCCUCCUCGCCACCCACCCACAGCGCACAGACACCACAGACACCCCACCCAGGACUCCCUUCCUCUUCCUCGCUCCCCUCUUCCGCCCCGUCCCCCUCCCCUCCCCCCGCCUCCCCCCAGCCCCUCUGGCUCUCCUCCCCCCCCGCCUCUCUCCCCCUGCCCCCUGGUGCAUUUUCUCCCCCUCGCCCUUCUCGUCCCCAGCCCUAAACCCCAUCGCUGCAGCUUUGCUGCUCAGGGGGGCGCAGGCGGGGGGAUUGGGGGGGAAAGGGAUGGGGGAUGGGGGGAGGGACGGGGGAGGGGUGUGGCUGGAGGGCAGGUUGGUGGCGGAACUGGGACUUGGGGGGGAGGGGGGAAUGGCAGUUGGGGAGAGUGGUGGAGGAGGGGAGGAGAGUGGGAGAGAGAGGAGGGAGGUGUUGGCAGUGGUGGUGGAUAGCAAUGGGGGAGGUGGGAAGGAGGAAGGGGACUGUGUGGCAACGGUGAUUGUGGCAGUGGCCGUUGCCAAGCAAGUCCACGGCUCCUCACUGCAUGCGCCACCAGCAGCCGCGUCAGCACCGCCUCUCUCGCACGCCGCUCCUCUGUCAGCGCCCACCAGCACUGCUCCCUCCGCGCUCUGCACGCUCUCUCUCACCGUGCAGCGCUGGCACCUGCGCCAGCAGUCAGCGCCUCCCCCAGUGCACCCUAUCUUCGACGCCCUAGCAGCCGCCCACGCCACACCUGCACCGCACUCCGCCCUCCCCUGCCCCCCCACCUUCACCUGGCACCUCGCCUCCUCCUCCCCUGACCUUGCUCUCCUGCCCUCUGCCCUUCACCGCCCUGCCAGAGGCACUCCUUGCACUGCACCCACAGGGAGCACUGCUGCUGCCGCCCCCGCACCGUCAUCAUCAGCAUCACCAAUCGCUGCUGCGCUGCCUGCGGCCUUGCCUGCGGCCUCACCUGCCCUUGUUCCAGCCCCCACGCCCUCGCACGCUAUGCCUGCCAUUGCCCUCCAGCUCUCUCCCACAGGCGCUGAGCUCGCAGUGAGCUGGCACAGCGCGUUCACACCUCGGCUGCAGCAGCAGGUGGAUGGCACCAGUGCAGCGGUUGACGGGGCUCCAUGUGACGUGACUGCUGCAUCCCAUGACGUCCAUACACCCGCUGCUGUCACUGGUGCCACUGGCCAUGCACGCAUCACUGCCUCGCCUAACGACCCUCUUUCACCUCCCACCUGGCCCUCGGCGUUCCCCCCCUCCAUGCCCUCUUCCUCGCACGUGCCCUGCUCCGCCAUCAUUCUCCUCGCCAACCCCUCCCUCCACCUGCUCUCCGUUGUGCACCCCCCACCGCAUUCCCCCCUCCCGCUCUCCACGCCGCCCCCGCUCGCCUUCUCCCCCUCGGCGUGCUGCAUCGCCACUGCUUGGACCACCCCCAUGCAGCAGCAGCAGGUUUCCGUGCGCAUAUCCCAGGUGCCCCACGUGCCCCUUGCGCCCGCUGCUGCCCCCCCUGCCACUGACACUCGUGCGCCCUCACGGCCUGUGACACCUGCUGCUGUGGGGAUGGAGGCCAGUCGCGCGGAUGGCAUGGGGGAGAAUGGGGCAGCGGACGGACAAGUGGGAGGGGAGGGUGUGGCGAAGGAGAGGAAGGCAGGGAGGGAGGGGCGAGAGGGGGUUGCAUCAUGGGAGCGACAUGUGGCUGACAGAGUGCAGUGGGCGUGGGUGAGUGGCGUGUCGUGGUGGGAUGCUGCCGCCUCUGCCACUGCAGGCGCACCGCAAUCGCCAGUGCGCAGCACGUCGCUGCUGGCCCAUCUGGACGCGGACUUCCAUGCGCUGCCCGAUGCCUCGCUGCGCCUGCACUACUUCACUGAGCUGGACCGUCUCAAGUGCCGCGUGUUGGAGGGCGUGGGGGGAGCGGACGUGCGCGCAGUGAUGCUGGACGUGCAGGCGCGCGUGCUGCUGGAGGUGCUGGGGGGCGCCAUAGAGUCGGCGCUCGUGAACCCCGCCACGCUCAUCCCCUCGCCCUGGACCGCCUCCGCUGAGACCUUCUCCCAGCUCGGCAACGAUGCCAUGUCCGUCGACCCUGCGCUCAUCCCCACCAUCCAUGCGUACGUGGAUUCGGUGUUGGACCUGGUAUCGCACUUCCUCACGCGCCUGCGCCGCUACUUCUCAUUCUUCAAGACCCUCACCGCCCACGCACACGCCUCCGCCUCCUCUGUCCCCACCCCCCCGCCCGCUGCUGCGCCACCAGCCGCCGCACCUGCCACAGCAGCCACUGCAGCUACUGCUUCUGGAUCCGCUGCUGCCGCUGCCAGUGCUGGUAGUGCCGGCGCAGCAACAUCUGCAUCAGCAGGAGCAUCAGCGGGCGCCCCAGCAGCAGGUGCUGUACACCCCCCUGCAGCAGCGCCUCACCUGCCGUCGGCGUCCCCUUCGGCCUUCUCGGGGCUGCCAGCAGUGCGGUUGCUAGCGGACCCACAUUUCCUGCACCGCCUGUGCCAGCUCAUGUUCUUCUGCCUUGUCUUCCGCCGCCGCAGCCCGCCCCCCUUCGCCUCUAAGGCCGGCGCCGCUGCCGGCGCUGCCGGAGGGAUGGGCGUGGGGGUGGGAGGGGGCGCGGAGGGCGCAGGGGGGGGCAUGCGGGCAGGGCUGGGGCGGUCGAUGGAGGACCGGCACGUGCGGCUGGGGCAUGGCAAUGGCGGGCUCGGGUACACCCCGGAGGAGGUGAGCAGGGAGGGAGGAAGGGGAGAGUCAGAGCAACAGGUGAAGGCACUGUUUGUGGUGUGCUCGGAGCUCUGCAAGAAGACAGCACCACUGCCCGCCACCAUGCCGCCCACCCACGUGCCCGCUGCUCCCACACCUGGCACAGCUGCAGCCACAGCAGGCAGCAGCGGUGGGGUGGCGGCGGGAGGCAGUGGAGGGGGGGGAGGCAGCAGUGGGAGUGGCAUGGUGGCGCGGCUGCACUACCCACAGGGCUCUAUCUCCGUGCCUCCUGAGGCCAUAGAGGCCUGGCUCUCUCCGCAGAUGCAGGUGCACGUCCUCCCUCCUCCUCCCAUGCUCUCCUGCUCUUGCAUGCUCUCUCUCACACUGCCCUCGCCUCCGGGCCUUCUCCCCCCCCACACGCCAAUCCUUUCGUUGCCGCGGCCGCGGGGAGCGGAUGCAGCGGCGCUGCUGAUGCGCGAGCUGGAGCUGCAUGCGCCCGCCGAGGACACCCUCCCCCGCCCCUCCCUGCCGCCCCCCUGGGCCUCCGUGCCGCCCUGCACUCAGCUGGCGGGCGGCGAGAGCGACUGGGAGGCGUCGCUGCUGGCAGGCGGGGCGGGGGCAGGGCGAGUGGGAGUGUGGCCGCGGAAGCGGCGGGCAGCGGAGAGGGAUGCGGCGGUGGGGCUGGCGUGCAGUGCGGGGCUGGGGGGCUUCCUGGGGCUGCAGGGCGGGCGCAGGGACGUGGUGGCCAGCACAUGGCGCUGGGGCGGUACUGCACAAUGGUACAAGUGUGUGCGGUGUGGGCGGCAGACAACCACCAUGGCAGUGCCUCAGUCCGUGCAGGCACAGGCAGGCACAACAGGGGCGGGGAGCAAUGGUGCUGGGGAGGGGGGCGGGGCAGCAGGAAUAGGCAGUGCAGGCAGCAGCCUGGCUUCUGAGUGGUGGCCUGCACGCUGGUCGCAGGGCUGCCCUGUGUGCGGUGGUAUGUGGACCUGCCUUGCUUGA